GGGCGCUCUCCAUUGUCCGCCAGGACUGCCGUAGGCACCGGGCAGCGGCAGGGCUGGCGCGCAAGGGAUGCAUUGAGGACUAGGACUGUGGCCAGUCCAUCUUGCGGGGUAGGCGAACGCGGAGGGCGGGGGCAGCAGGAUGAAUUCCCAGGAGGAGCAGCCAGAAGCUGCCGGGGCACCGGCUUCCACUGAGGACGAUGGGAUGACUUGGUGGUACAAAUGGCUGUGUAAGCUGGCUGGAAUACUGGGGGGCAUCUCUUGCGCUUUUUCCGGCCUCUGGAUGUGCAUGACCAUCUACCCUCUCAACAUAGCAGCCGGAGUUUGGAUGAUGUUGAACGCCUUCAUUCUCAUCCUGUGCGAAGCUCCGUUCUGUUGCCAGUUCAUAGAGUUUGCAAAUGUUGUCUCAGCCAGGGCAGACAAGCUCCGUCCGUGGCAGAAAGCAGUUUUCUAUUGUGGAAUGGCUAUAUUCCCAGUUAUUCUGAGCCUGACUUUGACCACCUUGAUCGGCAACGCCAUCGCCUUUGCUACGGGACUGCUCUAUGGGCUUUCGGCGCUGGGCAAAAAGGGAGACGCCAUUGCGUAUGCGAGGAUGCAGCAACUGCAGCAGAAGCCAGGCGGCAACGACGGGAUGGCAGAAAACGUCCAGGCGCAGCUGGUGUGACGUUUUCGGGACGCCUUUUGAACCAGCCUCUUCCUGAUUUUUGGCACUGGAGACGUUACAACGCUGAGGGUCAAACAGCCCUGGCUACUUUGAAAUGCUUCCAAAAUUAAUUCCGAGAAAAGGGAUCUUUUUGAAAACCACCACAAGGCUCUGAAUUCACGCAUCACUGUGAAUCUGAAUAUGCUGCAGCUUUCAAGGUUUCAAGUGGGGCUUGUCCUCCCCUAGCCCAGCUUCAUUCUCAGGUCAGAGUGGAAUCAAAUCAGGUGCAAAAAAAAAUAUCUCUACAUCAAUGUGAAAAAAAUAAUCUCUACAUCAAUUCUUUGGCUGCUCUCAGAAAAGACUGCUGCUACGAAAGUGCUCCACUUUGCGUACCAAAUUUUGCAGCACGGGUGGAACAAAUACCUUCUUCAAUGUCUAUUGUUUCCACCGCUUUUUAAAGCAGUUAAAUGGUUCUUUUCCAUUUCACAAAAACGACAACGAAACACAACAAAAGUGUGUAUGUGUGGAGGGAUGACAUAACUGAUGCUCUGAUUGGAUUGCUAGGAACUGCUUUCUAGAAGCAUUGUGUAUGCAGUGAUGUCAGAUACGAUUUGCAAAAAACGGAUAGAUUUUGGGGGCGAGAAAUGCAAUGCUGAACUUCUAAGAUUGAAGGUCACCGUAAAAACACCCUGGAGACUAAAUUAGCCCCUGGAGACGGCAUCCAUACAUUUUUUUUAUUUCCAGGAGUAAUCCAUCUUUGAUUAUCAUCUGACAGGUGGAAGAAUCAGGGAAAGGAAGCUAAUUUUGAAACUGGGGUGGGAGGAAAAUGAAUUUUAGCUUUGAUGUAUUUCCUCUGGUAAAUCUAUCCUGGUGAUCUCUUUGUGCUCCAAAGUUUGAGGUUUGGUGACUUUGGUGUCAUUCUCUCACUUGUCCUUCAAACUUUUCCAAAGCAUUUGGGUUUACGUAUUAUCUUUUGCCAUCCAGAGCUUCUUUCCCUGAGUUUCAAGCGAGAUGUGAUUUAAUAUUGUUAGAAAUUAGCGAAGUGUGUGCUGAUUGCGAGAUGCAUUUUGUCAGGCAGAGAAAUAACUGAAGACUGUUUUCUUUGUGGUGGAAUUUUUUUCCCUUUUUGGUCUUCCUUCUUCAAGGAUUUUCAGCAACCGUUGCCACAUUAGGAAUUUACAGUCUGAGGCCAUUUCCCUGCUUCAGAUGCCGAAAAAGGGAACUUUUGGUAGCAGUGAGCAAGGCUGGGUCAAUUCACUGUGUUCUUAAGUUUAAUGAAAAACUCCCAGCGGCACUACUUCCUCAUGCUUUAUGGGGCACCAAAAAAACACAGACGUUGUACACCCCAAGCCUUCUCAAGGAAGGGGAUAAUGGUUGUAAACAUUCUUUGUCAUUGAAAAGCACAAAGCUUCCGUUUCUUUAAGGUUUUUUUUGCUAGGUGCAUUUUCUGUUGUUGGUUUUCAAAACUGAAAAAGGGAAUUUACAGACUUAGGGCAUUUCUUCAUUAGUGACACAGCAUCUCCAUUGCCUUGUGAAGUGAUAUAACGCCUGACCUCAGCUGUUAUGUCAGUCCAACUUUGGUUGAAUAAAUUUGAGAAGACGUUAGAGAGGAAAAGACCUCAAUCUGAUCUAUUCAUUUAUUUUCAUAUUUCUGCAUUGUUUUCAAUAUUACUUUUCUGUUGUUUUCUGUUUGAACUGUUGGUUUAUGGUUAAUUUAUUAUUGCUCCCUCCCCAUCUUGCGGGGGGGGGGGAGAAUGAAUACCUUUAUUUAUAUAUACUUUUAGACUUUAUUAGAAUUCUUAUUGAUGUUCAUUUAGACCACUGAUCUGUAGCCACUCAGAUUCUGCUUCUUAAUCAACUGAUUUUCUUUCUUCAUGGAAGAGAAAGAUGUGGUUAUUUAUAUGACGGAGGGAAAGAAAUGCUGUGAAGUAUUAAUUUAGGCUGCAAUCUUUGCCUGUUUUAUAGAGUAAGGCCCACUGAAUUCAAAGACACUUUCUCCUGAGUAGAUGUGGAUACCAUUAUCCUGUGUUUUGACUGAAAAAAAGAUGCAGUUUCUGCAUGAUCCUGGGAAAAGGCAUGGGUGCUUAAAGAACUGAAGGUGGGUGCUACACAUAUUCCAAAACACCUUUUUGGAAUUGAAUCCAAAGCACCACAGUGCCUAAUGGCUAGGAAUGACUGUUCUUAGACCCUUACGAGAAUUCACCAGUUAGUAGUCAGUAUUAGCAGCAGGAUCCAUUGCAAGCACUACGUAUUGGAAACAGAAUUUCUAGGUAUUUGGGUGCCCCAAGGCUGUGCCCCCUGGAAGAGUUGCUGCCAAACUGUAACUUUUAAUAAGACUGAAGGAAAACAGUACAUUAGUAUUGCAUGUGAUGUCAUUAAGCUUGGAUUGAGUGAAAUUAAACCAAAUGUAGGUUUUUGUCUUGCUGUUAGCAUGCUGCUGAAAAGGGGUAGCUCUUGAGAUGCUUGGUCCCAACCACAUGCCCAAUGACAGGGUGUCAUAAGAAACAUGUUCCAAAUAUCUGAAGGGCACCAGGUAACAUCAAGCAAGGAAGCACUAGGUCAGAAUAAAUGGCAUGCAAAUGUUUGAACUGCCCAGCCGUGCCAUGCUGGAAAGAAGGGGAUCGAAAUGCAAGUAUUUUGACGGAAGAGCAGAGUUCUACAUUUGCAAAACUGGAGGCCACUUGGCAGCCGCUGUCUUUACACUUCAUGGUAAGCUAUCUAGUACUUGGCUUGAUUUUGUUUUAGCUCAGCACCCCCAGCUGCAGGGAACUCAGCCACUUGGUGCUUAUUCCCCUAGCCAAAGUUUAACAAACUAUGGCUUAGCACAAUGCCAGAAUCUUUGGGUUCUGUGCUAACUUGAUCCCAUUCAGACAUGCAGCUUCCCCUUAUUUAUAAUUGUAUCAGUGGUUCGAGCUGUCCUCUUUUUCUCGCGUGGUCUAAAAUAGAAAAUGCUGGUCUGUAGAAAAAAGAUUUGAUUGAAGAGAGUGCAUUUUUCUUAGACGUAGUAUCUCUUCAACUGACAUUUUAUAAAACGGACUCAAACCGAUUUCCUUUUGUGUAUGCAGUGAAUAAAAAGACCGUUCU